GCGCUUCUGUUGACAACACCGGGCAAACAAUUUCAGUCGGUCGUCUCGUUGUCAUGGAGCGAUGCUUUAGUGUCAGCAGGGAUGAUUCUGCUCCUUGCACGCCACCUCCGCCUCCACCAACAUCAAAUCCUCCUCCUCAAGUUCCCCCUUCUCCUCGUCAUCCCCCUCCUAUUCCUCCCUCCUCUCCUGUGUCACCCCUGACUCCUCCUCCCCGAAAAGGAAGGCUGAGUUUUGCCGGAGCCAUGGUGGACGUCAGUAAGUGGCCCCUGUUCUCUCUGCUGAGCGCUGAGGAGCUAGCCACGGUCCGACAGGCUUGUGUCUUUGGAACCUCUGCUAAUGAAGCCAUCUACAUCACCCAUGGAAAUGAGGUAUUUGUGUUUGGCGUGAACUGCAGUAGCUGCCUUGGUACAGGAGACAGCCUGAGCACCAUUGUGCCAAAGAAACUAGACUUCCUGCGAGGGAAGAAGGUCAUCAGCCUGAGCUAUGGCAGCGGACCUCACGUCCUGUUGGCUACUGAAGAUGGACAGCUGUUUGCUUGGGGGCACAAUGGCUACAGUCAGUUGGGGAAUGGGGCAACCAACCAGGGCCUGUCCCCAGUGCUGGUCACUGCUAACCUGCAGAACAAGAAGGUGAAAGAGGUGGCGUGCGGCUCGCAUCACUCCAUGGCUCUGACUCAGGAUGGAGAGGUCUUCGCAUGGGGUUAUAACAACUGUGGCCAGAUUGGUUCCGGCUCCACAGCCAACCAGCCCUACCCUAGGAAAGUCACGGGCUGCCUGCAGGGCAAGAACGCGGUGGGCGUCGCGUGUGGUCAGACCUCCUCCAUGGCUCUGGUCGACAACGGAGAGGUGUAUGGCUGGGGCUACAAUGGCAAUGGACAGCUGGGUGUUGGUAACAAUGGAAACCAGCUGACGCCUUGCCGCCUCACUGGACUCCAAGGGCUGUGUAUUCAACAGAUUGUAUCGGGCUACGGCCACUGCCUGGCACUAACAGAUGAAGGGCUGCUGUAUGCCUGGGGAGCAAACACCUACGGUCAAUUGGGAACCGGCAACAAGACCAACCACCUCAGCCCAGUACAAAUCAUGGCUGACAAAGAAAGGAUUGUGGAGGUCGCUGCCUGCCAUUCAACACAUACCUCAGCAGCGAAGACGCAAAGUGGGCAGGUGUACAUGUGGGGUCAGUGUCGGGGUCAGUCCAUCGUCCUGCCUCACAUCACUCACUUCGCCAGCACCGACGACGUCUUCGCCUGCUUCGCCACGCCCUCUGUCAUGUGGAGGCUCAUGUCAAUGGAGCACGAUGACUUCCUGACUGUUGCCGAGGCUCUAAAGAAAGAGUUUGACAGUCCAGAAACGGCUGACCUGAAAUUCAGUGUUGACGGCAAAUGCAUUCAUGUUCACAAAGCUGUGUUGAAGAUCAGGUGUGAGCAUUUCCGAUCGAUGUUCCGCUCCCAGUGGACGGAGGAUCAGCAGGAGGUGAUAGAGAUUGGCCAGUUCUCUUACCCUGUCUACAGAUCCUUCCUGCAGUUUCUCUACACAGACACCGUCGACCUUCCUCCUGAGGACGCCAUCGGCCUGCUGGACCUGGCCACCUCUUACUGCGAAAACCGUCUGAAACGCCUGUGUCAGCAGAUCAUCAAGAGCGGUAUCACUGUGGAAAAUGCCUUCACCCUGCUGUCCGCCGCCAUACGAUACGACGCAGAGGACCUGGAAGAGUUUUGUUUCAGGUUCUGUGUCAACCAUCUGACUCAGGUGACUCAGACCGGAGCCUUCUGGCAGGUGGACGGAGCAAUGCUCAAGGAGUUCAUUAGCAGAGCUAGCCGCUGCGGAGCCUUCAAGAACUGAGUGGUACUCUUUUCAUUUUUACACAGUAUAAACUAUGAUCUGACCGAGUGGAUGUGGUUGUAGCAGCAGCGUGUCACCGCGCUGGAAAUAUCCAUUCUGAUCACAUUCCUAAAAGGAAGCAACGGUCCGGUUGAUUUUCAUAUUUACUGAGGCACAUGUUGGCACAUAAGCAGCAUCAUUGAAGAGAUUCUGGACUGGAGUUUGAGCUGCGUUAUCCACUGAUCUGAAAUCAGCACUUUGGCCAAUUCCUGUGGAGUCACUCGACAUACUCAUGGCGCUUUUUCUGUCAAACUGAACUGUAUUCUCUACAGGCUGUAUGUAUACUUGAAUUUUUGCUUCUCUUCUCGGCCAGUGCUUGCAUGUACUGAACAGUCUUCCUUUAUUUUCUGGAAAAGUUACUGUGGGAGACCAAAGACCUAGAAGGAAUAGUAAAACCAGUUCAAAGAACAGUGCGUCUUUGUUUGCUAACUGAAAAAGAUGGUUUUGUUAUAAGAGCUUAGAUAACUGAUUUACACUGGCCAGGACACUAGUACCACUGUAUUGAAACACAUCUUUGAGUUACCUCUACUUUCCAUUUCUAUCAUUUUCAGAUUGCAGUCUUUGUGUUCAGGCAAAACUACAUAUUUGAUAUGUCAAAUCUAUAAAUUUAACUUAAUUUAAAAAGCAGAGUCCCAUUUAGAGGCAUCAACAUACACAGCUGCUCCAGAUGCCACUGUGGGUUGUUAUGGGACACUUGGUUUGUUAUGUUAAUUGUUCUCUAGCUGGGAUUCUGUAUAUUUUAGAAGUUCAAUACCAUUGUGGGGUGUAUGAUAUUUUCCUUUUUUAUAUUCAAGUCUGUUUUCUGUCCAUUACGCCUGACUCAAGUUUUUGUUCUGUGGCACUUUAGGAAACUACAGUUGCUUUUUUCUUCAUAUUCAGUAAAACACUAACAGUUUCAAUAGUUUAAAACCCUGUGGAAGGAAAGACUAGAUAACUGAGUUAAAGAAUUCUGUACUAGAGCUUUUUUAAAAGCAUCAUUAAAUAUUUGAGGCACAUUACAUUACUAGAUUCCUUAAUAAUUCCUUGGUAAUUUAUUGCGUUCUUUUGUAGAUACAGGGAGAAUGCCCUGGACUGAACCUGCACAAGACACUGCAAGCUAAAGCAAUAUUAACUCUUUGAAAUGCUCUGUAGAAAUAAAUGUGUUUUUUUUUGUUCAUGUUUGCGUAUUUGCUUCGGGUUAAGAUUACCAAAAAAAAAAAAACUGCUUGCAGGUCCUAGUUUUUCCUCUCUGCUGUAUCACUGGGUGUUGUGACUAUCUAUGUAUGCUGCUGCAGGAAAUUGUUUUAGAGUAGUUGAGAUAACACCAGGUCAGCUGGCAGCGAGGCUGGUGAGAUCAGUUUCAGUUUCCUCUGUUAGGUUUCUAUUCCUUGAUGCCACGAGUAGAGCCUCUGUUUAUUAUUAAAGCACAGGAAACAAUUAUAGAUGAAUUGAGGUUAGAUUUUGACUUAAAUGGUAUGAGGAGCAGGUUUACACUUUUCUUUUUUUUUUUUAUAUGAAAAAGGACAAGCAAACUGGAAAAAAUAAAGAUGUUUUUGCUUAUUGUAUUAAGAUAAAAAUAUAUUUUUGUUAUGCUUUCUUAAGCUUUUAUUUACUUAGGACCAGUUUAUAAGUCAUGCAACAUGCUUAAAUUCAACUUACAGCAUUAUGAUGUUGGGAUUUAUAUUACUAUUCUUUUGCUGUUACAUAUCUGGGACAUGUUACUUCACUUUGUUUUCUAUUCAGUUUUGGGGCUGAUAUGUUUCUGUGAAUAAAUAAGUAACUCAUCUGA